AUGGGAGACCUUCGGCUCGAAGCUAUGCGCUUUUCCAUGGGCAAUUCAUCCAAGACUACCAGCAAGAUGUAUCUUACCGACCUGGACAGCAUCCCGCUAUGUUAUGCCUCCGUAUCCAUCGGCUGCCGUGAGGAGCACACUUUGCCCAAGAAACUCGAGGCAAUAUCAGCAGCAGGGUUCCAGGCUAUAGAGCUUGGAUUUCCUGACCUUGUCACCUUCGCAAACCAGCAUCUCCGACCGAGCGAGCAGGAUACAGGCCCAGACGAGAUCACCAACUACGACUAUGACAACCUCUGUGCCGCCGCAAAGGUCGUCAAGACAAUGUGCGAUGCCAAAGGUCUGAAGAUCCUGAUCUUACAGCCCUUCGCCAAUUUCGAAGGAUGGCAAGAAGGCAGCGAAGAGCGAGCCGAUGCAUGGAAGCGAGCAGAGGGCUGGAUGAGAGUCAUGGAAGCCGCGGGAACAGAUAUGCUGCAGGUCGGCUCCUCCGACUCGCUAGAAGAGAAGAUUGGAACGGAUAGGACUCGAUUCGUGAAAGAUCUGCAAAAACUCGCCGAUAUGUUAGCCACGAAGAACUUCCGCAUUGCCUACGAGAACUGGUGUUGGAGUACCCAUGCGCCGACUUGGGAAGAUGUCUGGGAUAUCUGCAAGAAAGUUGAUCGGCCGAAUUUUGGGCUCUGUUUGGAUACCUUCCAGUCCGCUGGGUAUGAAUGGGCGGAUCCGACGACGGGGACUGGAAUGGUCGAAGACGGUCGGAGUAAGGAGCAGGUGGAGAAGGACUGGAAGGCUUCGUGCGAUAGGCUCGCCGAGACUGUUCCGAAGGAGAAGAUCUUCUUCCUGCAGAUCUCGGAUGCGUAUAAAGUCAAGCCUGGUCCGCUGUCCAAGGGAGAGAUCAAAGGUCUGCGGCCGCGUGGCUACUGGAGCCAUGCAUAUCGUCCGUUGCCAUUUGAGGGAUACCUGCCUGUCGUCGACUUCGCCAAGGCUGUUCUCCAGACGGGCUCGAGGGCGUGGUGGUCGUAUGAGAUCUUCGAUGCUGGCGCCGAUGGUAAAGGGAAGGACUAUGAUAUGGACGUCUUCGCUCAGCAGGCGAUGACGUGCCAGAAAAAGUUGCUGGAAGAGUGUGCGAAGCCGUAG